GCAAAGAGUCAAACACGACCGACGCCCGACCGCCUGCAGCUCUCGACAUGAUUGCUUAAGUCCAACGAACGGUAGUCUCUGACCGUUUCGCCUUCGUUGCCGACCUUUUGUUUGUUUCCUAGCCUGUACCCUAUCUUCUCUUCGUCUUCCAUUGCGACCACUUUGCACUUCAGCAGUCACCUGCACACAGCUGGGUACCACCUCAUCACCAACCGACCGGCCAGUGCAUCAAACCAAGUAGGGCCACAACUGUUGCCCCCCCAUCGACCAAGUGACCGACGAACCGAGCGACUUGGACCUGAUUUAAACUCGACUCACCAAGAUGUCCUACCUACUCUACUCCGUCUCCUUCCUCCUCCUCGUCACCGCUACGGCGCUCUACCUUACUCGCGCCCACUGGCUACCACACCUCGCCGACCUCCCCAUCCCUGGGCGCGACUACAUUUACUCGAGCCUCCCGUCCAGCUUCGUCGGCGACGUGGAAGCCGGCCUCUCUAGCUCCACAUUCGACCUUGCCGGCAAUGUUGAGUCGGGCGAUGCCCGCGCCGGCCUCGACGACCGGUCCAAGGCUGAGAUUCUGAAGAUCAUGAAGAAGCGCCGCAUGAAGUUCGACGACGCCCGCAGGGCCUACAUGCAGCAGCGUUUCAAGGCCAACGGCAUCGGGCCCGACGGGCGGCCGCUGGAUCCCAAGGCCGUGACGUUCAGCUAAA